AAUUUGGGUCUUCAACUCGAUUUACUCGGUUUGUGAACAAUAGAGAGUGUCUGGUAGCUUCACUUCAAAUUUUUGCCCUAGAUUUCAUUUUCAAAAGAUCUUCAAUAGAAAAAACCCAAAACCAAUUGAAACCCGUCUCCCAUCCCAUGUCGAAUCAGGCGAUUGCCACGAACAUUGCGAAGCUAAUUCUGAAAUCUGGCCUUAAACCCUUCAAAACGACCCCAUCUCUGCUUUCAAAUCUUGAUUCUCGAGUAACCCAACUGGUUUUGUCUGAUCCAAAUAUUCCUACUCAGUCCUGUUUGAGUUUUUUCAACUUUCUCCGACAAAACCCGUCUCAGAAACCCGAUCUUCGGGCACAUUUAAUCCUUAUUUGUAGGUUGUAUCGAGCUCGGAAGUUCGCGGUAAUGAAAAAUGUGUUGAACUUCAUGGUCAAUGAUGGAAAUCUUCGGAGCACUGUUGAGCGGAUUGUUUCUUCGAUUGGAGAUGAGUUUAAUGAGCCGAAAUUUGUUGAUAAAUUUUGUGAUAUGUUGUUUAGAGUAUACGUGGAUAACCGAAUGUUUGAUUCGGCUUUGGAGGUUUUUGAUUAUGCGAGAAAGAGCGGGUUAGAGAUUGAGGAGAGAUCCUGCUUUGUGUUUUUACUUGCUUUAAAGAGGUCUGGUAAUGUGGAAUUAUCUCUAGAAUUCUUGACCCAAAUGGUCGAUUCUGGUGUGGAAAUUAGUGUUUAUUCGUUGACAGUUGUGGUUGAUGGGUUGUGUAAGAAAAGGGAGGUUGUAAGGGCUAAAGCUUUGAUGGAUGAACUUGCUUGUAAAGGAUUUAAGCCCAAUAUUUUCACAUAUAAUACUCUUUUGAAUGCUUAUAUUGAAAGGAAUGAUAUGGGCUGUGUAAAUGAGAUUCUUAGUUUGAUGGAGAAGGAUGGUGUGGAUUAUAAUGCAUCAACAUAUACAAUUUUGAUUGAAUGGUAUUCAAGAAAUUUGAAAAUUGAGGAAGCAGAGGAGCUGUUUAAUAAAAUGCUUAAGAAAGGCGUAGAGCCUGAUGUGUAUGUUUACACCUCCAUUAUAAAUUGGAAUUGUAAUUCUGCGAACAUGAAGAGGGCCUUUGCUCUGUUUGAUGAUAUGACUGAGAGAGGGGUUGUUCCAAAUGCUUACACUUAUGGUGCCCUUAUAAAUGGUGUCUGCAAGGCAGGGAAGAUGGAGGCAGCUGAGAUGCUGGUAAAUGACAUGCAAAGCAAAGGGAUUGAUAUAAAUCAUGUGAUAUUCAAUACAUUGAUAGAUGGGUACUGCAAAAAAGGGAUGAUUGACGAAGCUCUAAGACUGCAGGAUAUCAUGCAGCAAAAAGGGUUUGAAAAUGAUGUGUUUACUUAUAACAUAAUUGCCAGUGGAUUUUGUAGAUUGAAUCGGCAAGAUGAAGCAAGGAGAUUAUUGCUCACAAUGGAAGAAAGGGGAGUGGCUCCAAAUGCAGUGAGCUUCAGUACUUUGAUUGAUAUUUACUGCAAAGAAGGAAAUUUUGCAGAAGCAAAAAGGCUGUUGAAGGAAAUGGAGCAGAAGGGCGAGGAACCUAAUGUUGUUACGUACAAUACUUUCAUUGAAGGAUAUGGCAUGAAGGGAAAGAUGGAGGAGGCAUACAAGCUGAUAGAUGAGAUGCAAGAAAGGGGGUUAAUGCCAGACACAUUCACAUAUACAUCACUUAUAAAUGGGGAAUGUGUACGUGGGAAUGUGGAUAGAGCGCUUGAACUGUUCAAUGAAAUGUCACGACAAGGGCUGAAUAGAAAUGUGAUAACUUACACGGCAAUGAUCUCUGGGUUAUCCAAGGAUGGCAGAGCUGAUGAAGCCUUCAAAUUAUACGAUGAAAUGAAAGCAGCAGGCAUUGAACCUGAUGAUAGAAUAUACUCUUCCUUGACAGGGAGCCUUCAUGGAGCAAGAUCUUAGUUUCAGAUUUGGAAGAUAUCAUCGACCAGAUAGAAACUUGACCAGAUUGCGUGUAAUGAGCUACAAUUUUCUAUGUGAAGAUCCUUGAACUAAGAAUUGCCGACGAAAAGUUGAAGUUAUUUCAUUCUAGUUUAAGAGAGGAUAAAAAACUUAAGUAUCACACAUAGGAAAUUUAAAGAUCCAAUACGGCGAAUUCACUUGUGAAGACUAGCUUUUGUGCGCUAUUCAACUGUAUUAAGACAAUCCCAAUGCAUUCAAAGACGCCACCAUAAGCAUGCUACAGAAAACCAAGGUGGGGGGUAGUUUCCCCGUUUCAUCGUAUGUAGAGGUGAGGGAAAUAAACCACCCUGCUUCUAAGAUGAAAAUAGUUGUUUAACCAUAUUAACUCGACUGGUAAACAAGGCAAGAUCAUUUUGUCCAUUUUUAGUACAAUGAUGAAUGAAAAGUGAUGGUCGAUUCGUUUAAU